AUGUCCACUCCCCAGAUUCCUGCCUUGAAAGGAGACGGAAAAGGCGUAUACCGAGUGGUCAUUCACGGAAAUUCAGGAACGGGAAAGACGACAUUGGCUGAUGCCCUUGCCAAAAUUCUCAAUGUGCCCGCAAUUCAUCUCGACGAAAUUCACUGGCAUCCUGAUUGGGUUCAGGCCACUCCUGAAGAGUUUGUUUCAAACUUGAACAAGAUUCAACGAGAUGCAGAGGCGACAAACAGUGGCUGGGUCAUUGACGGAAACUAUGAAACAAAGACGAAAGCAAUGAUGGACGAUUAUGCGACUGAUAUAAUUUACUUGGGAACAGGGUUAGACCCGCCAUUUUACAAGUAUUUCCCCCGCGCUUUGCUGCGGACGUUUCGUCGGUUACUCGGAUGGGAAAAGACUUGUGCACCCGGCUGCGAAGAGACAUGGCGUGAAUGCUUCUUUUCCAAGGACUCUAUCAUCCUUUGGGUUAUUACCCAUCAUAGGACAGCUAAGGAGCGAUAUGGACCACGAUGUGAGCAGGACAAUGUUGCCAAUGGAGGCAAAUGGAGACGGCUGGGAGACAUAGACGAGCAAACAGAGUGGCUGGAUCAAGUCUCUCAUUAUCUCAAGAGCGCAUAG